CAAAACAAUAUCGAGCUAGAGUAACAUCAACAACAAGACAAGUUAACGUUACAAAAGUAGUUACACAAAAAGAUUGUUAAUCAAUUGAAAAUCGUUAAAUACGAUUAGUUUUGUUUCUUUUCUCUUGUUUAUUGUGUUUUUGUCUUUUAAUUAUCGAAUAAUUAAUCACCAUCAACGUGAUCAUUUACCUUUUUUUUUGUUAAUCAACUAUUGGAUAUGUGAAUAUGGCCGCUGUAGAAAGAGAGUACACUCCAUUUACCUUGGCCGCCGUAGGGUCUUACAGUCCAAUUGAACAUGAAUUGAAAGCGUUUUCCUCAUCACACCAUCACCACAGUGUUCAUCCCUCUCACCACCCCGGUCAUCAUCAUCCAAGCCUUGUAUCACCUCAUCAUACCCACUAUCAUGCAAUGGCCGUUGCAGCGCAACAACAUCUCCAAGCAAAUUCAUCCUCAUUGAUGCCUCCAACACCAACAUCAACACCUACUUCUCAAGGGUCCAUUCACAAUAGACCGAGUUCCGGUUCAGGGUCUCCGAAUCCGACCAACGGUAGUAGUAAUAGUUGUUCCAACGGUAGUGAUAACAGUGUGAAAAUGGAGUGUGGAAGUGGUAAUAAUAAUAGUGGUAAUGAUAGAAACAGUGGAACCAAUGGGUCGAAUGGAUCAUCGGCAAAUCACCACCACCAUCAUCAUCAUCAUCCUCAACAUCAUCAUUCGUCUAAUAGUGACAACAAUUCAUCACAUCAUCAGAAUUCCCUUCAUCAUCCUCUUCAUCAUUCCCACCAAACAUCAUUAGCGACUAUUCAUCAUCAUUCCUCGUCCAGUUCAACUUCAUCUCACAAUUCAUCUAAUAUAAUGAAUACCAACUCUUCCUCAGCCGCUGCCGUUGUGUCCAAUGCCGCUUCCCUUGCAGCUAAAAAAGAGUACGAUAGAGUCAAGAGACCAAUGAAUGCUUUCAUGGUUUGGUCAAGGGGUCAAAGGAGAAAAAUGGCUCAAGAGAAUCCGAAAAUGCACAAUUCAGAGAUUUCAAAGAGACUCGGAGCUGAGUGGAAAUUAUUAUCUGAAACAGAUAAACGGCCUUUUAUUGAUGAAGCAAAGAGAUUGAGAGCUGUUCACAUGAAAGAACAUCCCGAUUAUAAGUAUCGUCCUCGGCGAAAAACUAAAACAUUGAUGAAAAAAGAGAAACCCUAUGGACUCGGCCCUCUAACCCCCGACCCCUCUCGAUCCUCAGCAAAUGCCGCAACAGCAGCAGCAUUAAGUGUACCUCGGGAUGUUUACCAAAUGAACGGAGUAAUGCCCAACGGAUAUCCAACAAUGUCCAUGCAUGAUUAUCAGCAACACGCGGCCGCUGUGGCAGGAUACGCUUCGCCAGGAAUGACAACACAAACUGGACUUUAUGGUAGAUAUGAUAUACCACAAAUUCAUAAUCAAAUAACCUCAAAUCCGAUGAACAUUUCAUACAUGAAUGGCUCAGCGAGCUACUCACCGAUGCCCAUGACGCCUUACGCCUCAAUGGGAUCCUCAGCAAGUCCAAUGUCCGCCAAUGGACAAGGACUCAAUCUAGAAAAUUAUUUAAGUGAUCAAGCAAACAAUUAACAGUUAUAAUAAAUUGAACUAUAAUUAUUAUAUAUAAAUAUGUUUAAUCUUUUUAUUUCAUCGAAUCAACAAUCGAAACAUAAACAUAUUAAUAUUUCUUCCAACUAUUUCUACUCGCAUCUUCAUCACUUUUCAUCUCCAUUCUCAUUCUCAUCAUCAUCCAAAUCAACAACAUCAAAAUUUCAUCACAAAUGUUAAUCACUGUAAACAAUUUCCAAGCUUUCAACUGAUUGUGACUUGAGAACAUGAAAUCAUCACCAUUAUGAACAUAAUCCUAAUCAUUUUAAACAUCCUCAUCUUCAUCUCAUCCGCAACAAUUUUUAUGCUAAUUUCUUGUGUUGUGUGUAAAUUUAAUUGACCCCUGACCCCGAAAACAAUAUUAUAACAUUUUCUUUCCUUUCUUUAUUUCUCUUCCUCCUUUCAUCCUUCCUUUUUUUCUGAAUUUCUGGAGAAAUUUAAUCAACAAAUCAAUGUAUUUCUCCCUUAAAAUAAAUUUGUUUAUAAAUUCA